AUGGUCCUUACCGGGACCCGUAGCGAGUUCCCGGUGUCUCCGGUGCCGGUCCCCAUGGCGGCGCGGCUGCUGCCGCUGCUGCUGCUGGGCUGGAUCCGGCCCGGCGCCUGCACCAACCCUCCGGGCGGCGGCUGGGUGGCGGGCACGGUACCGGAGGAACCACGCUGCACCGUGGAGCGAGCCGAUGCCUCCCUCACCUAUUCCCUCUUCCUGCAGCGGUUCGCCUUCUCCCGGCCGGUGAUCCUCGGUGGGAUCACGGACAACUCGGCGUUCCGAGCCCUCUGCACCCGGGAGAAGCUGCUGGCGGCCUUCGGGCCCUUCCCGGUGCGGCUCAGCACGGCCAACACCUACUCGUACCGGAAAGUGGAUGUGCCGUUCCAGGAGUACGUGGAGCACCUGCUGAAGCCGCAGGACCCGGCCCGGCUGGGCAGCGACACCCUGUACUUCUUCGGGGACAACAACUUCACCGAGUGGGGCCCCCUGUUCCAGCACUACGUGCCCCCUCCCUUCCGCAUCCCGGGCACCAGCCCCGCCUACAGCUUUGGGAUCGCAGGCUCAGGCUCUGGCGUUCCCUUCCACUGGCACGGCCCUGGUUUCUCCGAGGUGAUUUUCGGCAGGAAGCGCUGGUUUCUGUACCCGCCGGAUCAAACCCCACAUUUCCACCCCAACGAGACCACGCUGGCCUGGCUGCAGCACACCUACCCCACACUGCCCCCGGCCCGGCGCCCGCUGGAGUGCACCCUGCGCCCUGGGGAGGUGCUGUACUUCCCUGACCGCUGGUGGCACGCCACGCUCAACCUGGACACCAGCGUCUUCAUCUCCACCUUCCUGGGCUAGGGCUGGCAGGGACAGGGACACGCCACCACCGUGGCAGCCAGGCCAGGAGCUCCAGCUCCUGCCACCCUCAGGGACAGGCCACUGGUAUUGGGACCAACUGCCUGAGAAAAUUCUGGUUUUUACUGGUUUUUGCUCUCUCCCUUGGAUUAAAGUUGUUCUACUGA